AUUUGCGAAAGAUAUUACCAACAUAACGAAAAAAAAAGUUAUUUAACCUAAAUUAUUUCAAAAAACUAUUUUUAAAAAUUAUUUGAUUAUAAACUAUUUCAACAACGGAAUAGUACCAAAUAGAAUCCAGAUAAAAGUUAAGUCGGCAUUAACACAUUCAAAGAUGAAUUUAAUGCGUAAAUCUUGUCAGUUGCUGAAAUCCGCAACUCCACUCUCACCAUUCUACAGUACAAAAGCCAAAGAUAUCGAGAAACUAGUCAAAAACAACAAAGUCGUCGUUUUCAUGAAAGGAGUCCCUGAACAGCCCCAGUGUGGAUUUAGCAAUGCUGUUGUACAAAUUCUAAGGAUGCACGGUGUCAAAUAUGAUGCCCACAAUGUUCUGAAAGAUGAAGAUUUAAGACAAGGUAUAAAGGAUUUUUCAAAUUGGCCUACAAUCCCCCAAGUUUAUAUUAAUGGAGAGUUUGUUGGUGGAUGUGAUAUUAUGUUACAAAUGCAUCAGUCAGGGGAUUUGAUUGAAGAACUGGAAAAAGUUGGCAUAAAAUCUGCUUUAUUGGACAAAGAAGAGAAAAAAGAGUCGAAAUAGAUUAUAGUUGUCUUAGUAAUUAAUUAUUUUGUUAAUGUAUUCUCAAUAUUUAGUAAAACUUUAAAAUGCCUUGUUUAUAAAA